GUUUGGGAAUUUUGUUGGAGACACUGUGCUCCUGUACUUUCAGUUUGGAGACUUGCUCACGCUAACAUUCAGAUCUUCUUGGAUGGGAAGUUUGAUAAAAGAUUCAGACAGUGCUUCAUGCAGCUUUUUGCUCUUAGAUUACAUCAUCCGUUUGCUAAAAGCAGAGGGAUCAGCGAAGCUCCAUGUGGAGGCCAAAUCUGCCACAAACCAACAGAUCACAGAGCAGACAUCAGGAGGUGGGCGUUCGAGUUCACCAGCCUGGUGAUGUCACUGAAAACAGAUAACGCCAUUGGCUGGGAAACAGCGAGGAUUGGCUGUCAUAAGAUGGGCAGAUACAUUCACAAAAGGAGCUUCUGUCGAUUGAUAGUUAUGAUUUUGACCACAAUUACACACGGCCUGUUGCACGAGGUCAAUUUUAUUUUCCAUCUGAGAAAUAAAUUUAAACUUAUGAAAAAACACACAACAGAAGAUGUUGUUUUCUUUCUUUUCCAAAGUUUAGUUUCAAUGUGAAGAUGUUAACCUGAGAUGUUGUUUUGGUCAACAUUAUUAAAUAAAAUCAGUGAGUUUCUGAUACUUCUAGCCCAUGACUAUAGGAGGUAAAGAAGUUUCAGACUUCACAGAAAAGGUAAUUGUUUAAACUCUACUGGGUCUCAGGACUAUCUCACAAUGGUGAAACCUGGAAAUUAGAUUGUGCAAAGGGAAAUGAGUUGUGUAAUUGUAAGCAGACUGUCUGUUUCAGGCUGCUGUGUAUUUAUUUGGUUCCUUCCUUUAAUUUGGUGCAUCAGUGGUUCACUGGCAGAACAAGUUUCAACAGUUUAGAUAACACUCAAACAAAAGCUCUCUUCAAAUAAACUCCCUCGAGUUCAAGUUUGGUGUGAAAUAAAUGUAUCAAAUGUUGGCACCAAGAAAAAGUAUUGCUGAUAUCAAUCUGGACUUGGCUUUUCAUGUGAGUUUCUGGAUUACAACACAAUGUAUAGAGUUAUGAUGUAUAGAACAACAACAUCCUGUUCCCCCUUCUGUUGAAAUGCUGAUAGAGAAUAUAAAAACACUUCUGUUAAAUGUUAAUCAAGCCAUAAUUUUCAUGAGUGACCAUUGUCGGCAUUGAAUAAAAAAUGAUAACAGGCAGAAGUUGACCUAUUUCCCUGAUUCAACAGAAAAGCCUCUACAAGCAGUAUUUAAAUGGUGUCUAACUAAUCAAUGAAUAUCAAGACUUUUAAGAUGAUUGACAAGGCCGUGAUUCUGUCCAAGCUGGGGAAAAACUGAGAUUUAGAUGUUUAAACUGCAAAAUCUAUAAAAGGGAUCAUAUUUAUUAAGAUAUCGACAAUUUAUGUUAUCAUGUAUUUUGAUUUUUUAAACAGUUAUAAAGCAGCAUUUAAUGUUUCAUCAUGAAAAAUAGAUAGAUAGAUAGAUAGAUAGAUAGACUGUUAUUGUCCCCCUUUAAUAAUGUUACUCUGAUUGUUUUGGGACUCUUAAACUCCAUAGUUCAAAUGCCUGGACUGCAUUUUGUUAAUAAUUACAGAAGACAAAUUAUAAUGUGCCAAAUUGACAUGACAUCUUAAAUGAAAUAAAAUCCCAAAGAUGCUCCAAGUGAGAGUAGGAGGUGUUUUCUUCCAAGACUGACUUAAUUAUAAGUCUUUCCUCAGUCUUAGAUGGACAAAAGCAGUCGUGAUUGUAUUUGUGCAAACCUCGAGAUCAUUUCAUAAUGAGAUUUUGAGAUACUAAGACAGUAAUAACAUGCAUCCAUGAGCUCUGCAGCAGCUUUCAUCUGUUCAAACAUCUCUGGAACAACUCACACAUCAAAGAUCGACGCUUAUUGUUUUUCUUCCCUGAGACGGGAAAGUUUGACUAACCAACCUGAUAGAGACAUUUUGGCUUGUCCUUUCGCUCAAUGGCUCACAUUCUUCACAUUCCAGCUUAGUGACACGGAUAUGAUGAUACACACAUACACACACUCGCACACACACACACACACUCACAAAUGUACAGGGUUAAAUUCAGCCAUCUACUUAAACUCAACUGACUGCAAAACUGAAAUGUUUAUAGGAUGCCUCAGUAUUAAUAGAAAUGUACAUUUUUGAACUAUAAAGGAGCUCAGUGACCAUAAAACACCAAAGUAUCACUCAUCUUUAGCUGGACUGAAGAGCUGUUCUGCUCUGAUUUAGCCUUUAAAAUUUCAGAGUCAAGAAUAUUCAAGAGGGAAACUGAAUGUGUGAUUACUCUGAUCAUGCUGUGACACGUGUUUGCUUUCCUUCACAUACUACAGGGAUGUAAAUCCAAAAAUUUUGAGUGUUGAAGUGAAUAAAUAUUGAAAAGAGGCUGAGUUGUCUGGAAAAAGAGACUGUUUAGAAAUAAGGAUUGAAAUUUUAUUUUAUAUGCAUAUUUAUUUUGGGGGAAAGUAAUCUGGAAAUAUGUAUAGUAUGUGAAAUAAUGCCAAAAUUAGAAUAUUUCCUUGUUAAAUGUAUGCUUGACUUAAAUCAACACUUGUAGGGCUGAUGCAGAAUGGCCAAAAAGUGCUUGUAUGACACAGUGAUCAAAGUUAGCUGGUUCAGCGAUUAAAUAAAACAGGAAAAAACUGUUGACUACCUCCCCAAAACCAACAAAAUUCACUAAAUCCAGACUCAAAUGUAGGAGAAAUUAUAUUUACAUGCAGCAGAAAUGAACCCACAGCAAUUAUGUCCAGUGUUAAUACACGAGCACACGAGCUCUCCCUCGUCACUGACCUGCCUCUCUGCUCCUAUGUUGGGCAUGGCUAGAGGCCGCAGACACAUCAUCAGCUGCUGUAGUUUCAUCUACUGUAUCAGUGCUUCUACAUACAGCACAUAUGUGUGAGGAAGUGAGAUGCAGGGAGCUGGAGUGCUCUGCCGUGGACUCGGUGCCCCGGCAGUACAGUGUCCAUGUUGGUGUGGGAGCCUGAGGCCUGCUCCCAUACAUCCCCGCUCUGGCCCUGUUGAUCCUAUUGUCUCCUGCGUCACUACACGUCGCCCGGCAAAUAAAGGCCGUCUGGCUCCAAGCUUAAAUAUUGCAGCAAACUAAAAACCAACCAUCAGAGCCGAUUCAUUCACAUCUGCUCAGUGGGGCGACAAGGACGGGGCUUUAGGUGGGAAAGAGGGCAGAAAAAAGUUCACUUUUCCCUGCCGGGUGCCAAGAGAACGGGACAGGACUCAACUUCACCGGAGCCGCAGCUGUGGCAAGUUGCCCAUUUGAUUACUUUUAACUGAAAUCAUAUUUUGCAAAUAAGGAGACGGAUUUUUAGAUUUUAACCUUUUUUUAUUGGUUUGUGUGCAAACGUUUUUUUUUUUAUAUGGAGCUAGAGCAGGAGAUUUCUGGUUUAAAUCAAAGUUUAUGAGCACACAGAGCUACUGUGGUCUUAGUGCAAAGUCAAAUCAGUACUUUAGUUUGCAUUUUGAUCAGGAAUUUAAUUUUAUAUCUUCGUUUUCGUUGUGAGUAAAACCAGUGGGCUCAAACACGUCUCAUUAGAAGUUUUAAAAUCUCACAGUUUCUGCUUUUAGUAAAACAUGACAGCAUGAAAUGAUGGUUUAGGUUUUCUUUUUUUUAAACAAGUUUGUAAGUUUUCCUCUUUUACAUUUCUUACUUUCCCCUCUGCUCCCCUCCCCUCGUCUGCCCUGCCUACCCCACCCUUAUCUUCUGCACCCUCUGCGUCCCUUCCUACCCCACCCUUCUUUAUUGCAGUGCUACGGACCGAUCAUGGGUGACUGGAGCUUUCUGGGUAAUAUUUUAGAGGAAGUUAACGAGCACUCUACGGUGAUCGGCCGGGUGUGGCUCACGGUGCUCUUCAUCUUCCGUAUCCUCAUCCUGGGCACUGCGGCGGAGUUCGUUUGGGGCGAUGAGCAGUCCGACUAUGUCUGCAACACCCAACAGCCCGGUUGUGAGAAUGUGUGCUACGACGAGGCCUUCCCCAUCUCCCACAUUCGCCUUUGGGUGCUGCAGAUCAUCUUCGUGUCCACGCCAUCUCUGGUAUACGUGGGCCAUGCUGUGCACCACGUCCACAUGGAGGAAAAACGCAAGGAGCGUGAGGAGGCAGAACUGAGCCGGCAGCAGGAGCUGAGUGAGGAGCGACUCCCUCUGGCACCAGACCAGGGAAGCGUCCGCACCACAAAGGAGACCAGCACAAAGGGCAGCAAGAAGUUCAGACUAGAGGGCACCCUCCUGAGGACCUACAUCUGCCACAUCAUCUUCAAGACACUUUUCGAGGUGGGCUUUGUGGUGGGCCAGUACUUCCUGUAUGGCUUCCGUAUCCUGCCGCUGUACAAGUGCAGCCGCUGGCCCUGCCCCAACACUGUGGACUGUUUUGUGUCUCGCCCCACGGAAAAGACUGUCUUCAUCAUCUUCAUGUUAGCUGUGGCCUGUGUCUCACUCUUCCUCAACUUUGUGGAGAUCAGCCACCUGGGCCUGAAGAAGAUUCGCUUUGUCUUUCGCAAGCCGGCCCCGGCCCCAGCCCAAGGCGAGGGCUCAGCUCCUCUGCCGCUACAAGGGAAGGGCCUGCCCCCCCUGGCUGUGCCCUCCCUGCAGAGAGCGAAAGGUUACCGGCUGCUGGAGGAGGAGAAGGCUCCCCCCAUAACUCACCUCUACCCACUGACUGAGGUUGGCAUGGAGGCCGGUAGAGGUACCCCACCUUUCCAGGGGCUGGAGGAGAAGGCGGAAGAGGUGCUCCCCAUGGAGGGCAUCCCUAAGGUGUAUGAUGAGGCUCUGCCCUCCUACACCCAGACCACUGAGACAGGGGGGGUGACAUUACACAAGGAGGAGACCAAGCAGGUGCAGCAGCCAGCUGAGGCAGAAGCAGAGAAAGUGGAGGAGGUUGUGGAUGAGGAUGUGGAGGUAGAGGAGGCUGUGAUCGGGGAGGGCGUAACUGCAGCAGACGCAGGGAUGGAGGCCACGGAUACGAUAGAAGACACCAGACCGCUGAGCCGAUUGAGCAAGGCCAGCAGUAGGGCCAGGUCAGACGAUCUCACCGUAUGAACCUGUGAGGAGAAGCACACAAACACCUGCAGUCAGCUAUUGUUAGACAAAAGAGAGAGAGAGCACACACACACACACACACACACACACACACACACACACACACACACACACACACACACACACACACACACACACACACACACACACACACACACACACAAACACACAUAUUUCAAGACAAUGCACACUCUUGAACAGGCAGGUCAGAAAAUCAAAGUAAGCAGGGAGAGAUUAAACACUUGAGAACACAGGCCACAACUCAAAUUGACUUCUUACUCAAAACUGUGUGUUUGUGAUAAAAAAUAAAAAUAUGAAAAGUAGAGGUUAAAGACAGGAGGAGUAGGUUUUUUAUUAAGAGUGUUCUUAUAUUUAAAAAAUGUGGAAGGGACACAUGCAGGGGGAAAUGUUUUUACUUGAUGAAAAUCAAUGUUCAAUUUUUAGAAACAUCUUUUUCUAUUGAAAGAGUUUUAAUCAUUAUACACUGGAGGGUUAGACAUUUUUACGUGGGGUUUGAGUAGAUAGGGAAAGAGAGUUAGGGUAUACUUGUGUGUCUGCACAUCAGUCAUUUCACUGUAGUUAGGCACUGACUUUCACUCCCUGAUGAACAGCGACAUAUUGCAUUUGCAGCAUGUAGCCGCACAUAGCAAGGCUGAGAGGGCUCUUGCACAAACACACACACACACACACACACGAAACGUAAAAUCAAGUGCCGCUACAUUUAAAGGUAAAGAGCUCUUUGAAAGGGAGGAAUAAAGCCCAGUUUCAUGUUGAGACGAGCGUAUCUUUAUUUUUUUGCACAUUCAGAGAUUUAGACCCGUGCAAUGCCUUAAACCCCACUAACACCUCAUCCACGCAUCCAUUUAGCCAAGAUUCGUUUGCAUUGAGAGAUGUGCAUCAAUAUCAGAGCAUUUCUCUCCUUUUCAUGUUUGUACCAUGUAGCACAGCCAGAGCUGAGACAGUGAGGAAAAACAGACAAAAAAAAAGAAAAAAAAGACCACAUGUUGAAUGUCUUUUUCAAUGUGAUUCUUCUUUUCUUCAUUUUAGAUUUGCUUGUGUUUUGUGGCCUCUAAGUGAAAUUGUGUAGUCUGACAUAAGUUGUCCAUGGAAGAGAGCAGGGCUCAUUUGGCCCUACUGGAGAAUGAGCUAUAGUAGCGACCUCAGGCCAAAUCCUCUCUUUUCGUGCUGUACAAACAUGCGUCCGGGCGAUAAAGAUCGUGCACCAUCAGCACAAGUAUUGUUGGAGGCGAGACAAUAAAAGAAACCACACUCAUCAAUGAAAACAAGCAUCCUUGACCUGGCUGCGAAAAAAUCUUUCAACUUGAAUUUGUGAGAGCAUAGUGGUUCCUCAACGGGCAACAAAACACAAUGCUCAUGACAGCCUUUGAAUUCAGAGUGAAACAAACAAAAAGGGGCAGUUCCUGUUGUAUAUAAUGCCCCGAAUCAUGUCUGAUAGUGUACAUAAUGUGCAGUUUUUGGUUAUUUCAUUGUCUGCAAGAAUCACACACAUUAUUGUUGUGAUUAACUAUUGGUUCAACUCACAAGCCCGACAGAAAAAAACAAAAAACAAAAAAAAACUAAUGACGCUUUCAGUCAGAGAACUUCAACAUUUCCUUUCAGAACUUUUGCAGCUACUCUAACACAAAGUGCUUCUUGUCUUAAAUCAUGCCUUAGAUUUACCAGCAACCUUCUUCUCACCUUCUCCGGCUUUGUCGAUUCAAAUGACUGUGUGAAUUUCUGUGCCUUAUCUGUAAAUGUAAAUUCUCAAGAUUGUUUCAAGAUUGUAGCAAAUGCUUGUAUUUCUCUGGGACCUGCAUGAACUUGAUCUUCAAUUAACACUUAAAAAAAAAAAAAAAAAAAAAAAAAAAAUCAGAGUCUCAUUUAUAUGUGUGACCUUUAACAAACACUCAUUCAACAUGUUUUGGCCAAAAGGUAAUAAAUAAAACUUUAUUCUUCAAGUGUAAUCAUGAUGUUUGAAUAUUAAACAGAUCAGGAUGUUAAGUUGCAUGUUUGCAGACAUGAACUCACCCACAUAGUGCAGAGCAUAAGCAUAUAUAUGAGCCUAUAUGUGCACAGAGAAAUGCACAAUCUUCAUGCAAUGUUGGUUUCGGGGGUAUGAUCAAACGGCUCUGGAGAAACUCUGAGAGAGAAGGCAGCUUUGACCCCUUUGUGACCCCAAGCCAUCCCUCAAUCCCUCAAUAAUCCGGUGCUGUGAAAUCUGAAUCAAAGAAAGCCUUCAACAAAAUUCCAAAUUGUGGAGCACAUUUCAAGCUUGUAACCAUGUCACAAUCAAAACUCAAAGCUGGUCCUUGUGUAAAUGGAUAAUGUAUGAUUUUUUUUUGUUUGUAAUUUAAGACUGUUGCAUUCCCUGUAUGUUCAUAAGAAGACUUGAUUAAUUUUGGGGAAGAAAUAAUUCUUUUUACUAACUUGUAGUCUUCUUUAAUGAUAGAUGUGUGGCAGUAUCUUUUUUUGAAAUGUGAACCAACGCAAUAAAAAGUCACACGUGGUCAAGAAGUGUUGUGUCAGUGUUUCUCUGCAAAGUUUGCAUACCCACACAGACACCCACUCACAAAGUGGUAAGAAGUGAAACAGUAGUCGAGGUUUUUACUACCCCAUAAACUUCACUGGAGACGUAAACUGUUCUUUGAUACACAAACAUGGUUGUGUUUAAUUCUCACUAUACUACUUUCUUUUACAGGCACCCUGACAGGAAGUUUAUCACCAUAACUCAUUAUUUAUCUGACUCAGUGAAACUUUUUAUUUUUAGAAGCACGGGGGGUGAAACAGGAACUAAAUGCCCAGGGUCUCAAUAGAGAGACGGGGGCCUUAACUCUAGAAUAAAAACCCAGUUUUUUAAAUCAUUUUCAACAGCCAAGAAAAAUGGUCUGAGUAAAGGAUAUUAUAACGCUAUAACUCAGAGAACCUGGCAAUAAUCUGUCUUGGAUCAAACUGGUAUUAUGUUAUCUUUCACAGGAAUAUCUGAAUUAAAAAACAUUUGCUUCUGCUGCAGAAAAAGCCUGGACAAAACUAAUCUGGCAUGGUGGCACCUUAGUGUGGAGGUCUGGAAACACAUACUGUAGGUCAUGAGUUGUAGUCCCAGCAGUGACCUAGUCAUGUGAAGCUGGAUCCUGACCUGGUUCCCACCACUGGAGUCAGGACCAUGCCAUUGAUUAUUCACAGAGCAAGAACGAGGAGAAAAAACCUGAAAAAGUGACCUCUACAAAGUGGAAGUAUACUGAUGCCUCUGAUGUUCUGGGUUUGAAUCCAAACCCAAAACCUGCCAUGCUUUCCCCAGCUUUUGAAAAACCAUGAUUAAAUGGUAAAAUAAAAACAACUAAAAAGCAAGCACAGCCUGGCAGGGCCUUGGUGUGCUGGAUGAGGCUCAUUUCAGUCAAAUGGUCUUAAAUCUAGUGCAAGGAGAGACUGAAGUUGAGGCAGACAUAGUGCAAAGUCAAAGCAUGGAAAAUACAGGGUUGAAACAGGGGGAAAUAAGUGGUCUUAAGCAGAGUUAGAGGAAAAGAAAGAAGGUAAGGAAGGAAAAGAAGAAAGAAAAAGGUGAAAGAGGGAGAAAAAAAUAAAUUGUCCACCAGGGUUGCUCAAUUAUUACAAAAAUUGAAGUCAUGAUUGUUUUGACUCAUAUUUCUAGCAUGAUUGUUAAAGAAGGAUUACCCAUGAUUUGAUAUUUCAUCACACUUACAGUUUUUAUGCAACUUAACCCUUUUAAAAAGCACAAUAUCAAUAUUUCAAUUUUAACAUGCUGUCUCCUUGGUAGUUGUUGACCCCAAAUUUCCAGGGUGUUACACAACGCUCUUUUAAAACUUUAAGUGAGACAUAUUGAACUAUAACUAUAAACAUAUUGAAUGUGUGUUUAAAAUAGUGAGCUGUCGUGGUGGGGCCCACUGCUACAUACUUUUAUAGGACCCAGGAUUUCUGGUGACACCCCUGUUUAAGAGUCUAGAAAAAAUAGAAGUCUCAUCUUAUAAAGUCUUAUCUUGUAGUUUUCUGAUGUGACUGUCUCAAGAGAGUUUUUAAUACGACCAUAAUGAAUAAACUCCAUUAGAAGUGCAAACAAAACUUUACUGAGAAAUACUCACAGAAGUACACCAGGGUAAUAACACUUAGUAUGCAUGAAUUACUUUGAUUGUAGGACUGUAAUCAAUGCAGCUGUGUGUUUGCAUUAAUAAACAGGAUUCAUUCAGUUUGUAUUGACUGCUUCCUGAAAAAAAAAAAAAAAGAUCAUGUGUUUGUAUCAAAUGACCACCAGAGUGCAGUAUUGUAAAAGUUAUUCAUUUCAUUACCAGUCUCUCCCCCCAGAGUCAGGAAACAAAGAGCUAUGUUUGAGAAAGUUUCAAGUUUAGACCAUGAAAGGAAAGUAAAAAGCUUUUAAAUAUUUAGAUAGAGAGUUUAGUUUAGUUUUAUUUUGGAUCCCCAUUAUCGGACACAGAAUGCCAGCUAAUUUUCCUGGGGUCCAUGAAAAUAGAUUGAUUGGCUCCUGAGCAUUUAUUUGUUUUAAGUAGAUUAGGUGUUUGUCUAAUACUAUGGAGAUAAUUUCAACAUCAGAGAAUUUAAAAAAAAACUAAGAAAAGGUUAUGAAUCAAAGACUCAAUGAAAAACCUUUGUGUUUUGUCAGGUGCUGUGAGAUGGAGGCUGUGGACCUUAUGUGAGCCUUUAACAACUUACAUUUUUUCCCCAGUUGGAAAGGAAACUCACACCUAGCUUUUUUGACCACAUUUCCUUUUCUGUCAUGGCAAC